CAGAUCUUCUACCCAUCUAUAAAAACCUCCCUACUCCGCAAAACGUAACGGUCAACUAGCGUGUUACGACAUUAAGUCACCGUUUGCUGACACCAAAGAAAUGAAUGGGGAGAGCCGUAAACAGACACCCAUGUGUCGCAAAUUGUCCGCGUAUGUAUUAUAAAACUAGCUAUUUUAUCUUAGUAAACUCCUCACAUAGUUCAUAGUUUAUUGUAAAAUAUGUUGAAGAUUAGCGGACAGGUUGUCAAUUCAUUAAAUGAUGAGCUAUUUCCUCACAAAUGCAGUUUAUUUAGCGAACUGAAUCAUCUCCACCAUUGACAUCCUUUAAAAAACGGCCUCUUGUCUCCUCACCAGUGUGUUUAUGGGAACGCCGCGUUGUGCUAUUUAUUUUAAAUUCACUGUAGAAUAGCUCUGGACACGCCCUCGAAUUCGUUGCGUGGCAACGUGUUUGCUUGUGCCUGUAUUCGUGCAAGGUUGAGACGUGCAGGAGCUCUGCAUCAAUGUAACAGUGUGCCACGAUAAGACGCUUUAUUUCGCAGAUUUCCCGGGAAGAUUUGUUCAAUUUGUGCCGAUGUUGGGAAAUGAGAGCACCAAACCUCGCAAGUAAUCUUUAAUUCCAGAAGAAUAAUUCAAGCAGACAUAGGGGAUAUAAGUUACAGAUUUCACUGUGGUGCUCCACAUAACCAGAGUCUCAUGGGAAAAGGGAAGAUUAUGAGACUCAAAAUAACAGUGGAAAGUUAUUUUAAGGAAAGGUAACCUCAUUUAGAUCAGAAAUCUGGUCACUUUAAACCGUAGCCAGAAUGUAGUCUUGUGAAACAUUUUCACUCUAAACUCUACAAUUUUCAGCAUCGUAAAAUUGCAGGCAUUGCAUCGAAUUUUUUAAUUUAUUAACUGACAUUGUGUAUGUUUCCAGUUCUUUUUCCAGAAAAUAUAGGCAAUAUUGUUUCAAAUGUCUCCUUCAAGGCUGUACACUCCAUCUGUGGCAAGUCCUUUGCCCUUAAGUUCUUUCAAUGUCUCAAGCAACUUCUGCACAGAAAAAAAUAUCUCUGAGUGCAUUCUGUACAUCAAUCAGGAGCUGUCAUCCCUGGGCUUUCCACCAAUCUUCCGUAAUUCAGAUGGCACCCAUGAUCUGGAUACUGUGAUUGCACUAAACAACAUCUAUGACCUGGUGCAGCUGCACCGCCAAUCUGUUGGAAGGAUGGAGGCGCUGGAGGUGGAGCAGCUCAAGUCCAGCAGUGACCUCCAUUACCAGCACCUCACCAACUCUAGACUGAAGGACCAGCUUGAAAUUUCGAAAAAGGAAAAUAAGCGCUUGCACGAGAAAGAGCGUCAGCUGGAAACAAAUAUAAAGACUUUACAAAUCUGCCUAAAAGAUGCAAAAGAAGAGGCACAAAGGCUGCAGGGUAUCAUUAUAAGUCGUGAUACACAAUACAACCAUGCUAUUAAGAGAAGAGAAAGGGAGCACAACAGAGUGAAGGAACGCCUCAAUCAAAUACUCAUUGCUAAAAAGGAUAAUAAACAAGGAAUGGAUGUUUUGAAUUAUGUUGGAAGGCCAGAUGGGAGGAGAUGUCUUUGGAAAACUGGAAAAACUGAAGCCAGACAUGAAGAAGAAAUGUACAAAACUCUCCUGAAUCAAUUUGAUAAUCGUCAGAGGGAGCUAACGCUGGAAAACACUGAGCUGAAGAAAGUGCUUCAGCAGAUGAAACGAGAGAUGGUGGGAGUUUUAAAUUCAAAGAGGAAAUGCCAAAAGGAAGAGAAAAAGAGCAAUAAUGCAGAUAAUCAGACAAAUUCAGAUGAUGAGGAGAAUUCUAUGAAAGGACCUUCCGGGAUGUCCUGUGAUCAUGCUCGGGAGAAACUUACCAACAGCAUUCGUCAGCAGUGGAGGAAACUGAAACACCACGUUGAGAAACUGGACAGCCAAGCAUCCUUGGUGCAAGCUGGAGACAGUGAGAAGCUAAUCUUCAAACAACUACAUGAUGAGGAGAUAGAGAGGCUCAAAGUAGAAAUUCAGCAGUGCAAAGAAUUCAUUCAGACUCAGCAGCAGCUUCUGCAACAACAGCUCAACACACCCUGUGAUGAGGAGACUGCAGCUGUUCUUAAUGACUGCUACAUGCUGGAAGAGAAGGAACGCUUAAAAGAGGAGUUGAGAGUUUUUGACGAACAGAGGAAAAACUUUGAAAUGGAAAGAAGAAAUUUCACAGAGGCUGCCAUCAGAUUGGGCCAUGAGAGAAAAUCAUUUGAGGACGACCGUGCAAUAUGGCUCAAACAUCAAUUUCUAAACACAACUUUUGCAGACCAGAUGAAACCACAAAGUCGAAUGACUGAUGAAUUAUUCAACUACUCUGGUCAUGAAGAGAAACACAUACCAAUUUCUGCUAAAGUGAGCAAAUCUCAUCUUUAGUUUUGCCAAUCUAUGGAACCACAUGCAGAUGAUUCUGGACUGUUUUUAAUCCAACACCAGAUGAGGGAUUCCUUGAGCCAAUGUGAAUGAGAAGCUUCCAAGCUCAUCAUUAUCUUUAUGAAGAACAUUCAAAAUAUGGACCUGAAUAUUAAACCAAGUUUUGUGUCACAUUGUAUUUGUGAUACUAUACAUUAGGAUCAUCAAAGAACAUCACUAAAUCAUUGAGUCUCUACAGGUUUUAAAAUUAUAUACAGUAUACUGGCAAUGAGCUAUGUUUAAAAAAUGACCAUGACAUUUAUGACUUUUUGAAACAUUAGAAAUAUCUUGUAUAUAUUUAUUAAUUUGGAUGGAUGGUUAGAUGGAUGGAUAAUUUUAAUUUGAGCAUUUGUUUGUGAUUUGGACUUGGGAGCAUUUGGACAGACUCAAACAAGUGUCAAAUCAGACUUUUCCCGCGUCCAGUCGAGUCCCGCCACUUCUUACUGUGCAUACCAUGAGUGCUCGGACUUACCUGAGCAACAUUUCCUUAUGACAUAGCAAGUAUGACGUGUGUCCCAUAUUUCUGUCAGCUGUGUAGAAUGAAUCAUUCUUUUGUGUUGAUUAUUUUUUAGUGAAUUGGCCAAACGGAUUAGGAUUUACCUUCAAUCAUAUGAAAAUGUCGCUUGUUGUUUGCAGUGGGAUGACCAGCCGAAUCGGGAAGGCAAAGUGUAAUUUGAAGGGUACUUUGUCCUGUGUAAAAAGUGCAGCGCCUGUCUUUGCUGUCUGAAUGUGAACUACAAUGUUUGAUUUUGCCUCCAUGUACAUGGGAAAAUUAACAUUACAGAGACAGAAAAACACAUUGCUCACAGUUUUUGUGUCACACGAAGAAAUGUUCAUCUUCUUUCGGCUCCUUGUUGAAAACGCAUUGCCAUUUGGGCUGGCUGAUUGGAUGAUAGAGAACAGCACCGAGCGGCAUG